AUGGCAGUUGAUGACAGCUGCAGCAAUGGCACUGAUGAAAAGGCCGAUAUCGCCGAUAUCGGCACAGCUGAUGCAGUGGUCAGCUUGGGUCCAAACUGCUUGCCUGCCUACCACAUCGCAAAGGCUGGCUUCAAGCGCCGCUCCUUUCCAUUCGAUGUGCUCAUGACUGGAUCUGAUGGCUGGAGCGCGGAGGAGUCAUCGAUUCGACUGGCACCAGUGGGACUUCAACUGGUCCUGGAAUGCCUGGAACGAAAUCCUCCAUUCUCUGACUAUGUCUCAACGAUGACUCCUUUGCCCAGCAUAAAUGCAGUGGGCAAUGCCGGCUUCACAGAUCCGGAGUUUAUCCCCUCAGCCCAUAUUCACGAUGACCCUCGGGAGCCAGAGGUUGCAGCGAAAUAUCAGCGCAGGGCGGAUCGCUUUCUUACUCUCUUGGAAUCUGGCUACCGAGUGCUGUUCAUUUACACCAUGAGGCUCAGAGAGUUGAAGGACCCAAAGCACUUCAUCAACGUUGCGCAUCGCUUGCCCCUGCAAGUUGCGAAGCUUAGGGAAUUGCUGGUGCGGCGAUGGCCUAGCAGCCUCAACCAUCUUCUGGUAGUGGUGCUGGGAGAACUUCCACCGGUGCCGCCAGCGCAGAGGGCUUUGGAGGCAUGUUUGAGUCGUCUACGCAGCGUGAACCAGUCCAAGGAUCCUUGGGUGAUGGUUCGCCGUAUUCCAGAUCUACCAAAAGUGCCCGGUGACCCCAUGGCUGGCUUCUGGGGUGACGACAAGGCUUGGACAGAUUUGUUCAGCGAAUUUGUAAUCAAGCCCAAAGAUUUCAGCGAGGCUUGCUUUCAAGAGACCACGGUGCUUGGGAGCAAAUCUGCAGACGACAAAUCUGGCUUCGAAAAGUUCGUAGAUUCCUUGAAGAUGAUUCAUCCAGCUUAG